GAGGGGUCUGGAGGCGGGGCGGGGCCUGCGCUGGGCACGCCGGGAGCGCUUGCGGACCGCCGGCAGCCGCAGGGGAGGCUGACCCGGACGCGGCGGCUGGGCUUGCGAGUAGGCUCCCGCUGCUGCUGGCUCCCGCUCUGCCUGCCUCAGAACAGACUCCUCCUGCGAGAGGAUUUGAAUUUGUUGAAAUGAGCAAUCGUAAAUCAAAGAACAACUUGCUACAUGGAGAGUCCCUUUCUCAGGUACAAAGAAUUUUACGAGAAAGAUUUUGUCACCAGAGUCCACAUAAUAACCUGUUUGGAGUGCAAGUACAAUACAAACACUUACUUGAACUGCUAAAAAGAACAGCUGUCCAUGGAGAAAGUAACUCUGUGCUCAUCGUUGGACCCCGAGGAUCUGGCAAGACCAUGUUAAUAAGCCAUGCUUUAAAAGAGCUCAUGGAAAUAGAAGAAGUGAGUGAAAAUGUAUUACAAGUUUAUCUAAAUGGACUGCUGCAGAUCAAUGAUAAAAUUGCUUUGAAAGAAAUCACAAGGCAGUUACAUCUGGAAAAUGUAGUGGGAGAUAAAGUUUUUGGAAGUUUUGCUGAAAACUUUUCAUUUCUUCUGGAAGCUUUAAAAAAAGGUGACCGGACUAGUAGUUGCCCCGUGAUCUUCAUAUUGGAUGAAUUUGAUCUUUUUGCUCAUCAUAAAAACCAGACACUUCUCUAUAAUCUUUUUGACAUUUCUCAGUCCGCACAGACUCCAGUAGCAGUUGUUGGUCUUACAUGUAGAUUGGAUAUCUUGGAACUCCUAGAAAAAAGAGUGAAGUCACGAUUUUCUCACCGACAGAUACACUUAAUGAACUCAUUUGGUUUUCCACAGUAUGUUAAAAUUUUUAAAGAACAAUUAUCUCUACCUGCAGAAUUUCCAGAUAAACUUUUUGCUGAAAAGUGGAAUCAGACCAUUCAGGGUCUCUCAGAAGAUAAAAGUGUACGAGAAAUUCUCCUGAAGCAUUUUAAUGUCAGCAAAAACCUGAGGUCAUUACACAUGCUACUGAUGCUCGCUUUAAAUCGAGUGACUGCAUCACACCCCUUGGUCACUGCCGCGGAUCUGACGGAGGCAGCCCAGCUUUGCAGCAUGGAUUCUAAAGCAAACGUUGUGCACGGACUGUCAGUCUUGGAAAUUUGCCUCAUAAUAGCCAUGAAACAUUUAAAUGACAUCUACGAAGAGGAGCCCUUUAACUUUCAGAUGGUGUAUAACGAGUUUCAGAAGUUUGUUCAAAGGAAAGCGCAUUCUGUGUAUGCCUUUGAGAAGCCUGUGGUCCUGAAGGCUUUUGAACACCUACAACAGUUAGAAUUAAUAAAGCCCGUGGAAAGAACUUCAGUAAAUUCACAGAGGGAGUACCAGCUGAUGAGACUGCUCUUGGAUAACACGCAGAUCAUGAAUGCGCUGCAGAAGUACCCCAACUGCCCCACGGACGUUAGACAGUGGGCGACGUCCUCGCUGAGCUGGCUGUGAGCCCGCUUCACCGGUUUCAGACGUCGUUCACCGACAGCCUGCAAGCUGUUGUCCUCUGCAAGACGUCACUGUAUUAUUCUGUGUCUGUGAACAUUUACUGCACGAGACGCUGCGGCACGUGUGUCUUGGCCGUGUCUCACCUGUGACUCACAGCAGCUGCGCGAUUUAUCAUUCCAGUCCACUGUGCUGCAGGUAGCAGUUCAGAAGAAUAAAAUGCGAGUAUUUUAGAGAUUGAGCCAUUUUUAAAA